AUGUUGCGCCUCGCGGCCAAGGUGGUGGCCUUCUUCUGGAGGAGGGCGGACAGCCCCGAGGAGGAGACCGGGCUGCGGAGGCUCGAGCCCGCGGAAGGUGCUUCGCAGGCUCCGGGCGGAGGUGUAGGCAGGCUUGUGCCUGUGGUCAGUGGAUCUGCCUCAUGUAUCCCUCCAGGUGACACCAAGUUGAAAACCGUCCAGGGCGUGGUGACGAGGUACUGCAGCGACUACGGCAUGAUUGAUGACCUCAUCUACUUCUCCAACGACGUGGUGACCAGCAAAGUGCUCCUGAACGUGGGGCAGGAAGUGAUUGCGGUGGUGGAAGAAAAUAAAGUGUCCAAUGGCCUGAAAGCCGUCAGGGUGAGGCUCGCCUCGGUGUGGGCGCUUCCUUGUGGGGGGGGUGUUCCCCGAUUUUUGCAUCUCUCUUCACAGGAGGUAUUCAUCUUCCUUUUGCUGUUCCUGUGGGCCUCUUAUUAUGCGUUAACAGAUGUUUGUCUGUCUCAGGUGGAAGCUGUUUCUGAUAAAUGGGAAGAAGACAGCAAAAACCAGGGCGAAGGGCUGUCUGACUCCAGCCCCCGAGUGCUGAUUGGCUGUGUGACAUCGCUGAUGAAGGGUGCUGGCUAUAUCAAUCAGACCACAUACUUCUCUCUGAAGAACGUUUGUGAAGGUUUCGAGCCAUGCAAGGGCGACUGGGUGGAGGCCACCUACUGGAUCCGGCCGGGCACGUGGAGCAGCGAGGCCCUGUUGGUGAAGCCGCUGCGGUACAAGCGUGUGGACAAGGUCUGCAUUUCCAGCCUCUGUGGGAGAAAUGGGGUGAUCGACGACUGUGUCUUCUUCACCCUGGACUCUCUGAAGCUCCCCGAGGGGUAUGUGCCACGAAGGUACGACGUGGUCAACACCGUAGUGGUGGAGAGCAGCCAGUCCUGCUACAUGUGGAGGGCCCUGUGCGUGACCCCCGUGAAGAGACGAGACCACGCCUCUGCCGAGGCCCCCGAGGAGACCUGCGAGGCCCUGCUGCUCAUGAACAAGGGUGGUGUGGAGGUCACCAGCGCGACCAGCUUCGGCACGCUGCGGGAAGGGGGCAGCCGGAGCCUGGUGGUGUGCAUAGAGUAA